AUGGGUUCUUUGGGUCAACUUGACUCUGAUUUUUGCUUCCCUCCUGAGCAGGGUGAGCUUGACCGUUAUGAAUCUUCUUUGAGCUCUUCUGAGUCUGGUGACAGUGACGAAGAGGAAUUGGAUUUGAACCUCUACUUUGAACGUUCUCCUGCCGUUAUCCGUGCUUUGGAAAAGUUUGAUCAGUUCAUGGCUGAGAACCCCAAUCACAAGUUCUCCCACCGCCCCGCCAGACUCUCUGCCUUUGAUUAUCACCAGGAUUUUAUUCCUUCUCAUUGCCCCGUUGAUUCUGACGUUACUGUUGAAUCAAUUGAGACUUUGGAUAUUUCUGAGGAUUGCGAUGAUUUUAAUUUGGAGAAUAAACCCAUUGACAUUGAGGAAGAUGGUGAUGAUACCGCCUCAAUCUACUCGGAUGACUUUGAGUCCGACGAAGAUGAGUGUCCUCACUGGCCAGUUUACAGUGUUUCGGACUACAUUGAUUUGAUUAAUCCAGAUGGAGGAAACCCAUACGAGAUUUCAACCGAGUUAUUGGAUACUUCUGAGGCAGUCAUUGAGUCUUCAGAUGUCGAGCCAACCACUUCUGGCGAUGACACUUUGGUGGAUUCCACCGACGAUGAACUUCCUGCUCCUUCUUUUGAGACUACUUCAUCCGGCAUCUCUGUUCUUGAGAAGCUUGCCAAAUUUGAGCGAUCUUAUCGCGAUAUUGUUGCGAGAAUCCCUUAUCCCGCAAACCAAGCCUUUGCCAGAACAGAUUCUGCUGUUGACAAUCUUGUUUCCAAAGUCACUUCCAUUGAGAAGACCUGUCAGGCACUUGAUGCUGAGGAACCCCAUGCUGAGUCUCUGGUCGAGGCAGGAAAACCAUUGUCAUGGCCUGAGGACGACACCUCUUAUUUUGUUCCUGACAUCAUUGAAAAUUUGGACAUCCCUAUUAUCGACGUAACUGAUGACAAGGGGUCAUUUUUGAAACAGAAGCUGAAAUCCAAAGUCAGCUCUCUUAAAAGAAAGUUUGCAAUUCAUAAGCGGGCUCCUAUUUCCAAGUCUGCUCUUAUGUUCAAGGGAAUCCAAACAGCAAUUUAUGCUAAUCCUCGAUUGAUUGAUCCCGAGGUCACCCUCCCCUAUGUGAUGAUGGGACUUAAGAAAUACCGCCUUGGCGACGGAUCUAUUAUUGACGUUCAUUCACCAUUGGUUUACGACAACAUUCGUACACUUUGUGGAAUCUCACAUCGAGAGCUUUUGAAUUCCUUUAUGGAUUCUGAUCUGGUCAACUCCCAUUCGUAUGGAGGCAGAUUGGUCACUCCUGAUGCCAAGUACAUCAUUAAGACCAUUCAAUGCAAAGAGCAUAAACUCAUGGGUAGUUACGAGUUCUUGGACGAGUAUUAUUAUCGUGUCAAGGAGAAUCCCACCACUCAGCUCCCAUUCUACCUUGGUCAUUACACCAUUCACAUUGAUGGCAAGGAGACUCAUUUUGUUAUCAUGAAGAAUAUGGAUCAUUUGAAUCCCAAUGGUUCUAUCUCUGUGGAGAGAGACGAGCGAGAUAAGUUCAUGACUCAGCUCAGAAAAGAUGUCGACCUGUUGAAGAAGCAUGGCAUUACCAAUUAUUCAUUGAUGGUUGGACUUGAGUGUGACCCUCAUACUGGCGAACAACGACCUGUUACAGAAGAACUGGUAGAAGGAGAACCGGUUGUCGCAGUUGAGUCGAGACAGAUUCAGUCUUGUAAUAAUCAACAUAGAUCCAGAUCUCAGUGUGGUUCCGGCUAA